AUGGUUAGAAAGCCUGAGUUCUACAAUCUGAGUCGGUCUGAAGGGAGGCGCAGUAGUAAAGAGGCGCUAGACCUCUUGCUCACUUGCUUGGAAUUCGAAGACUUCCGCGUUCGUUGCUUCUUUAAAUACCUUCUCGACGACCAAGGACGACGGACAGCUCGGGUACUUGAGCACCUCUUCUUCUGUUCUUCUGAGCAGAUUCGCCUUGUUGGCAUCACAAACACAGGCAAGACAUUCCCUCUGGCUUUCGCCUUCAUAACAUCCGAAUCAGCCGAAGCCUUCGAAUUUGUCAAUGCACAAUUGGCAGAACUGGUCUGGUAUGAUUGCCCACCGCCUCGAGUCGACGGGCAGAUCUUGCAGCUCUGUGAAUGGCAUGUCGCACAGAACUUCAAGAAGCGAUUGUUGGACUCGGGCAACUAUACGAAGGAACGAAGGGAAGAACUUUCUAGGUUCAUUUGGGAUUACAUACAAUCUCUUGAUGAAAUGCAACUCGAAGAACGACGGGGAAAGCUGCUUGCAGAAUUCCGGGAGCCAGAACGCCUCUAUGUCAAGAACAAUUGGGAACCGAAAGAGCGCCAAUUUGUCCGAGCGUAUACACGGCAAUACCCGAACGUUGGAUGCAACAGUACGCAACGAAACGAGAGUUACCAUGUCGUGGUCAAGGAGUCCCUCAACAGGCAGCUUCCUCUGCAAACAUCCUGUCAAAAACUAGCCAAGAGCUUGAAGAAGUUGACCAAGAAAAUCACUGGCGAAGAGGAUCGGAGCAGGGCAGAUGUCCCCAGGCUGUUGGAUCGCGCUGCUUUUCAACAUCUGAUCGGGAGAGUUCCGCACUACGUCCUGAGUAUGGUCGCUCCGGAGUGGGAGGCAGCAAAAGCUUUGAGAUGGCGGCAAAACCGUGAAUUGGAGAAAGAGCGUGAUGCUUUAAGUGCCCUCAACAAGCCCGGAUGUCCUUUCGCCUGUGAACUUCCACUCAGAUACAGCCUACCAUGUCGACACUGGCUGUACGAGGCUGUAGUUAGGUCUUGGGCUAUUCCACUCACUCUCCUUCACCCACGCUGGUUGCUCGACGGUCCUCCGGUAGUCCGAAACCGGACCAUGUCCCAUGGAGAGCAGACAGUCCCUGAAGAUGCCGAAAACCUAGGGGACCGUUAUCAAGACGGUGGCAGAAAUAUGAUUCUUCAAUCAGCACUAGAGGUGGUCAGAGUACAGGGAAGCUUCACUGGGCAGCAGGCAGAGGAAUUUUCGAGACUAUUUCGCGUACAGAAUGACCGUCUAAUGGCAGGUUUCUGGAAACAGGAAGAGUCAAGAACUCUACUACCUCCGAGAUUGCCUGAAGCCUCGAAUCGGUCAAGCCUAAAGGAGUUCAAGUCCCAUGGUUCCACAAAAAGGCGAUCCAUGACCGGCUGCGAGGUCGCAGAGCAUGCUGCCACUCGAGCAGAUCGAACCGAAUUAGUACAGGAAGUCGACAAGCUUCCUAAUCCUUCCUCCAGACUCCUCUCUCUUAUCCACGACGCCACAACCCCUCCAGGAAACGAAACGAAGAGAUCAAGAAAGGAUAACGAGAUGGAAACAUCUAGGCCUCAGCCGAAAAAGAGAAAGGUUUCCAAGGAGGAUGAAUCUCAGUUGGAAUUGCAGGAACAGCCUACCCAAGAAUCCCGAGGAUCAUCAUACCUUGAUGUCGGCACUAUCCUUGUCUGUGCCGGUGGUGCUGCUGAUGAUGCUGCCGGCAUUAUAUUGUCCGCGCCGUCAAGACUGACGAUAAUGCAACUGGCACUAUCUAUCACUGACUCUGCCUGCUCUGAUGAUCCUGAAGACGUUGCUCUUGGAGCUUCUCCUGCGUGCAAGGAUGAUGCUGAUGAAGAUGUCGUCGACAAUGGUCUUGUCUGCGCCGACGGUGCUGGUGGCUUCAAAAGCUCCUCGUAUCGUUGA